AUGAAUGCAUUCACUCAAUCUCAACCCCCUUGUGGUUCCAUGAGUAUUCUCACUCAAUCUCAACGCCACAGUGGUGUCAUGAGGAAGCCACUCGAUCUCAACCUAUGCUCUGACAGCACUUACGGGGACAAGGGUAUAGGAGCUGUUGGCUUUAUGUCCCUAGUGAUUGGAAUAAUUUGGCUCUAUUUCAGAAUCAAGAAAAGGAAAUUGACUGAAGUUAGGGAGAAAUUCUUCCAACUAAAUGGUGGUUUAUUAUUAAAACACAAGAUCUACUCUAACAAUGGUGGUGUGGAAGCAACAAAAAUUUUUACAGCUGAGGAGCUCAAGAAAGCUACAAACAAUUAUGCUAAAGACAGAAUUCUUGGCCGUGGUGGCCAUGCGAUUGUAUAUAGAGGUGUGCUACGUGAUAACCGCAUAGUUGCUAUUAAAAAAUCUAGAAUUGUGGAUGAGAGUCAAAUUGAGCAGUUUAUUAAUGAGGUGCUUAUUCUGACUCAAAUCAACCAUCGAAACGUGGUGAGGCUUUUUGGGUGUUGUUUGGAAGAUGAAGUUCCUUUAUUGGUUUAUGAGUACAUCUCUGAAGGAACUCUAUAUGAGCACCUUCACAACCAACGUGGCACGGGUUGGUUAAAUUGGCAAAAUCGUUUGAGAAUUGCCAUAGAGACAGCCACUACACUUGCUUACCUUCAUUCAUUUGCGUCCAUGCCUAUAAUUCACCGAGACGUCAAGUCUGCCAACAUAUUGUUAGAUAAUUCUUACACAGCUAAAGUGGCCGAUUUUGGAGCUUCAAGGCUCAUCCCUCUAGAUCAAACACAUGUGGCUACAUUAGUUCAAGGUACAUUUGGGUACUUGGAUCCUGAAUAUUUUAGCACAAGUCAAUUGACAGAAAAAAGCGAUGUUUACAGCUUUGGAGUAGUUCUGGCAGAACUUCUAACGGGGUUAAAACCUGUUUCUGGUGAUAGAAACGAAGAGGACAAGAAUUUAGCUGAUUAUUUUGUCUCAUCCGUGAAUAAGAAUAGCUUGUUUCACAUUAUUGAUCGCCGCAUUUUGCGGGAAGGGAGUCUUGAGCAACUCCAAAAAAUGGCUGCACUGGUGAAGAACUGUCUUGAAUUGCACAGGGAAGAUAGGCCUACAAUGAAGGAAGUGGCUAUUGAACUCGAAGGUUUGAGGAAGUUAACUGGAAUGUCUUGGCCUAAUCAACAGGGACAGGAAAAGAAUGAAGAUGAAUCAUCAGAUCUCUACACCGUUGCAACUAGCUCCAAUGCGAAUACCACCAAUUUCUCAGAAGAAUACAUUUCGGCUAGUUCCCGUAUGCUCUAUCCUACAGAUAAUGACAUGUAA